GCGGCGGGAGCUCGAGGGGAGCCCCCGACGGGUCGCCUCUAGCUCGGGGCGGCCGGAGGAGGACCGCGAGACCAGCCGGAGUCGUGCGCGCCUUUUCGGGGGGCGCGGGAACUGGCGAGCCUGGCCAGCGAAGGCAGCCGCGGGGGGCGCGCCGCCCCAGGUGGGCCCCCGGACUCUCGCAGGAUGCCCCACGAGGAGCAGCCGUCCCUGCAGAGACCCCGCUAUGGCUCUAUUGUGGAUGAUGAAAGGCUCUCUGCAGAGGAAAUGGAUGAGAGGCGGCGGCAGAACAUUGCUUACGAAUAUCUGUGCCACCUAGAGGAAGCCAAGAGAUGGAUGGAAGUCUGCUUAGUUGAAGAAUUGCCACCAACCACUGAACUGGAAGAAGGACUCCGGAAUGGAGUUUACCUUGCAAAGUUGGCCAAGUUCUUUGCACCGAAAAUGGUAUCGGAGAAAAAGAUCUAUGAUGUGGAACAAACGCGUUAUAAGAAAUCCGGUCUUCAUUUCCGACAUACAGAUAACACUGUGCAGUGGUUGCGAGCGUUGGAAUCCAUUGGUCUCCCCAAGAUAUUUUAUCCAGAAACAACAGAUGUCUAUGACCGAAAAAACAUACCAAGAAUGAUAUACUGCAUCCAUGCACUGAGUUUAUAUCUGUUCAAACUAGGAAUUGCUCCCCAGAUUCAAGAUUUGUUGGGCAAAGUGGACUUCACAGAGGAAGAAAUAAGUAAUAUGAGAAAGGAACUUGAGAAAUACGGAAUACAGAUGCCAUCAUUCAGCAAAAUUGGUGGUAUUCUGGCUAAUGAGCUGUCUGUCGAUGAAGCUGCAUUGCAUGCUGCAGUAAUUGCCAUUAAUGAAGCUAUUGAAAAAGGAAUUGCAGAGCAGACUCUUGUAACACUAAGAAACCCAAAUGCAGUUUUGACUUGUGUGGAUGACAACUUAGCACAGGAAUAUCAGAAAGAAUUGUGGGAAGCCAAAAAGCAAAAGGAGGAAAACUCAAGACUGAAGAAUAACUGUAUAUCAGAAGAAGAAAGAGAUGCCUAUGAAGAACUGUUGACUCAGACAGAAAUCCAAGACAACAUCAAUAUAGUCAACAGGCUGGCUGCCGUGGACCACAUCAACAUGGUCAUUCGGGAAGGCGACCCCAAAAGUACACUACUUGCACUGAAGCAGCCUGAGGCCCAGCUGCCCACUGUGUAUUCCUUUGCUGCUGAGAUGUAUCAGAGCGAACUUUUCAAUCUGCAGAAACAGAACAGCCUGAACUACUUGGCCCAUGAAGAGCUCUCCAUUGCGGUGGAAAUGUUAUCUGCCAUUGCUUUACUAAACCAGGCCUUAGAAAGCAAUGAUCUUGUGUCUGUGCAGAAUCAACUCAGAAGCCCCAAAACAGGCCUCAACAAUCUGGAUGAGACAUAUGUGGAUCGUUACGCAAAUGCACUACUCUCUAUUAAAAUGGAAGCUUUAUCUCAAGGACAAGAUAACCUAAGCUGGAAUGAAAUUCAGAAUUGUGUUGAUAUGGUUAAUAUUCAAAUUCAAGAAGAUAAAGACCGGUUUGCAGCUGUUGGGUUCAUCAAUGACGCUAUUGAUGAAGGAAAUGCUUUGAAGACUUUAGAUACUCUGAGGUUACCUAAUGCUAAGAUUCAAGGCGUGGACCCAGACUUUGCCCAGCAUUACCAGAAUGUUCUGUACAAUGCCAAAUCUCAGAAGCAGUUGGAUUCGAACAUUCUUUGGCUGGAUGAGAUACAGAGUGCAGUCGAUGAGGCCAAUGGGGACAAGGACAGCAUUAAACAACGGAUUACACUAAUUGUUGAUGUUAAUAAGUGCUUAGAGAAAGAAAGCAAAAGUGAUAUUUUGUCUGCUUUGAAGUCUUCAAGAAGUUUCAACGCAAACGACAUCAUCCCUGAAUGUGCUGACAGGUACUAUGAAGCCCUGAUGAAUGCAAAAGAACGCAAGUCUGAAAAUGUCUCUUCUGUAGGAUCCUGGCUCAAACUCACCCUGAGAGAGAAAUAUCCAUAUUAUUACAACAUUGAUUCAGAAGAAAGUUCCUGGGUCAAACCUCAUCCAUACUUGACUAAUGAUUCAGUGCUCAUGGCAAAAGAAAUUGAGGACAUUAUUGGAGAAGUCCUAGCAAAUUACAUUCGUGAGAAGAUGUGGACUGCUUCUGAAGAUUUGCUUCUUCGCUUCCAAGCCACAAGCUUAGGACCUCUUCUUAGAGAAGAGUUUGAAGCUAGGAAAUCAUUUUUGAAUGAACAAGAAAAGCAUGUGAUCAAAAUACAGUCCUUCUGGAAUGGAUACAAGCAGCGGUCAGCAUAUAAACACAGGCUGCAGACGUUAAAUAACAACACUGAUUCCGUUGUGAAGAUUCAGUCCUGGUUCCGGAUGGUAAAACAACGGAAAAGCUAUCUUUCACGGCUACAGUAUUUUGAAGAACAUAAAAAUGAAAUUGUGAAAAUACAGUCACUAUUGAGAGCAAGCAAAGCAAGAGAUGACUACAAGACCUUGGUUGGUUCUGAAAAACCUCCAUUAUCAGUUGUACGCAAAUUUGUACACCUUUUGGACCAAAGUGACUUGGAUGUCAAUGAAGAGUUGGAAGUAGCGCGGUUACGGGGAAAGCUGGUAACCAAGAUCAGAUCCAAUCAACAGCUGGAGAAAGACCUAAACUUGAUGGACAUAAAGAUUGGGCUCCUGGUGAAGAACAGAAUCACACUCGAGGAUGUGAUUUCACACAGAAAGAAGCUGAAUAAGAAAAAAAGUGGAGAAAUGAAGAUACUAAAUAAUACAGACAACCAGGGUAUCAAAAGUUUGAGUAAGGAAAAGAGGAAAAAACUAGAAACGUACCAACAGUUGUUUUAUCUUUUGCAGACCAAUCCAUUAUACCUGGCUAAGCUGAUUUUCCAGAUGCCACAGAACAAGUCAACUAAAUUUAUGGAUACUGUUAUUUUCACACUAUAUAAUUAUGCUUCUAAUCAGCGAGAAGAAUAUCUACUCUUGAAGCUUUUUAAAACUGCUCUGGAAGAAGAAAUACAGUCAAAGGUGGACCAGGUACAAGACAUCGUCACUGGGAACCCCACAGUCAUCAAAAUGGUGGUCAGCUUCAACCGUGGUACCCGUGGGCAAAACACACUGCGCCAGCUCCUGGCUCCAGUGGUGAAGGAUAUCAUCAAUGACCAUUCCCUGAUCAUCAACACAAGCCCCGUCGAGGUGUACAAAGCCUGGGUAAACCAACUAGAGAGCCAGACUGGAGAAGCCAGUAAACUGCCUUACGACGUCACCACAGAGCAAGCGCUCUCUCAUCCAGAAGUGAAAGCUAAGUUGGAGGCCUCCAUUGAGAACCUGAGGGACGUAACCAGCAAAGUCUUGAAGUCUAUCAUUUCUAACCUUGACUUGCUACCUUAUGGAUUGAGGUAUAUAGCCAAAGUACUGAAGAAUUCCAUCCAUGCGAAAUUUCCUGAUGCAACAGAAGAUGAGCUUUUAAAGAUCGUGGGAAACCUCCUGUAUUAUCGAUACAUGAAUCCAACCAUUGUAGCACCCGAUGGCUUCGAUAUCAUUGACAUGACCGCGGGAGGUCAGAUCAAUGUAGACCAGAGGAGAAACUUGGGCUCAGUAGCCAAGGUCCUUCAGCACGCGGCAUCCAACAAGCUGUUUGAAGGAGAAAAUGAGCACCUCUCCUCUAUGAACAGUUACUUAAUGGAAACAUAUCGGGUGUUCAGGAAAUAUUUCAUAGAGGCAUGUGACGUCCCUGAGCCAGAAGAAAAAUUUAAUAUGGAUAAAUACACAGAUAUGGUGACAGUCAGCAAACCCGUCAUUUAUAUUUCAAUUGAAGAAAUCAUCAACACACAUUCACUCCUGCUGGAACACCAGGAUGCCAUUGCACCUGAAAAAAAUGACCCCCUGAAUGAGCUGCUUGGGUCACUGGGUGAUGUCCCAAAUGUAGAAUCAUUUUUUGGGGAAGGAGCCAUUGACCCCAGUGAUCCUAACAAAGCAAAUACACUUACUCAACUCCUAAAGACAGAGAUCUCUCUUUUCUUGACAAGCAAGUAUGAUUUAGGGGAUAAUGAAGCCAUGGAUAACCAAAACCUUUUGAAACAGACCAAAAAGUUGAUUAUUGACGUGAUCCGGAACCAGCCAGGGGUUACACUGAUGGAUAUUUUAGAGACACCAGCAACUGAACAACAGGAACUCGAACACUCCAAAGACAUGGUGAGCCGUGCCAUUUUAGAUUCCAAGGCCCCGGAAGAAAUUAAGAACAACCAGGCAAUAGUUACAGACACACAGCUGCCCCUGGAACAGAAGAAGAGGAAAAUCCAGAGGAAUCUUCGGACACUGGAACAGAAUGGAAUCGUGUCAUCCAAAAAUAAAUACCAAGACCUUCUCAAUGAAAUUGCCAAGGAUAUUCGAAAUCAGAGAAUUCAUCGGAAGCUUCGGAAAGCAGAGUUGGUAAAACUUCAGCAGACCCUUAAGGCACUUGAUGAGAAAUCAUCAUUUUUUGAAGACCAAAUUAAUUAUUAUGAUACCUACAUAAAGACUUGUGUAGAUAACUUAAACAGAAAAGCUUCUAGAAGAUCAAUUAAACUGGAAGGAAGAGAAGAACUUAAAGGACCAAAGAGAGCAAAGCCAGUGAGAUACACUGCAGCAAAGCUGCAUGAGAAGGGCGUUCUCCUGGACAUUGACGAUUUGCAGAUAAACCAGUUUAAAAAUGUUACAUUGGACAUCAUACCUACUGAAGAUGUGGGCAUCUUUGAUGUUACAUCAAAAGUUCUAGGUGUAGAUAUGGAAAAAGUGCAACUAAAUAUUCAGGAUUUACUUCAGAUGCAGUAUGAAGGAGUAGCUGUAAUGAAAAUGUUUGAUAAGGUUAAAGUUAAUGUAAACCUCCUCAUAUACCUGCUAAACAGGAAAUUCUAUGGAAAGUGAAGUGCCUACAGAACGUACAUGGCUUUGGUGUCAUCGGAGUUGGGAAAUGAAUUGUUUAAUAUUUUUUUAACAUGAUUGAAAUCACUGCUUCUACAUGUGUGAUCUUUUUUAAGACCAAAACUUUUUUGAAGAAUGUACCCAUGUGCCUUUCUGAUAACCUGGUAUUACAGUAGAAUGCUACACAAAAUGAAUUAAUAGAAACAAUUCCACAUCUGUGGUAUAGGUACUCAGAUUUAAAACUUCAGAAUUGCUCUGAUCUGUUUUAAGGAGAAAAUAUGGUUAGAUAACUAAGGAUAAAUGUGUAAACCUAUUUUCCUAUAAAAACAUUUAAAUGUACCAUUUAAAUAAUGUAAUUCUUCAUAGAUUUUUUUUCUAUGAAGAAAUGGCAACCUAAUUAUUUGUAAUGAAUUAUUUAGAUAAAGAUUUAGUUCUAAGCCCUGUCUGCUGAGCGUUAUCAGUUUUAAAGAGAAACUUUUGUGCAAUUCAAAAUGAAGUUUUUAUAAGUAAUUGAAAGUGAUGAUACAAGAACACUUUCUGUAUAAAAGUAUAUAUUUUAUGUGAUUUAUUCCUACUAAAUGAAGUGCACUACUGCCUCAUGGUAAAGACUCUUGAACUCAGAGCCUUUAAGUGAGUAAAGACUAUGUGGAUAAUGACCAUAAUCCCCACCUCCAGUCCUCACAAUUUAUUUGAAUACUUCAAUUGUGCCUCUAAAUUUUUUGUAAUGCAAUAAGAUCAGUAUCUAGUUGGUUUAUAAAUGUAUUCUUUGAAAAUUGUUCGAUGUAAAAUAAAUAUUACUUAAUUACAUUAA